AUGGCCGAGCCUGGCAAAUUUCUUAGCGCUUCCGAACAAAUCAUUGAAAUCUAUCGCAAUUCCGAGGAUGACAUGGUCAAAUCGAGGAACUUCAGCGGACUUCUUUAUCUGUUCAAUGGCAACAUUCAAAAGACCAAAGAGAUACAUGAGAACAUGCUGAAAACUCAGGAGAAGAUCAUCCGAACAUGUCGCGAGCGGUUGAAGACUGAGGAUCCGGCGGUGUGCCAGCAGCGGUACAUCAAAGAAGCCGAACAAUCUGUGGCGGAGGCUAUUGAGAAGAUUGAACAGCUGAGUAGCAACACGAAAAAGAUUUACGAGGCCAACACGACGACGAUUCAGAAUGCGAUCAUCAGUUUGGAAUCGAAAAGACAAAUCACUAUCAUCAACGCGAAUGUGUUGCAAAACCAAUUGGAAUAA